CUACGUUAUUACUUUAAACGUUUAGAACUAACGCCCCUUCCUUUCCGGUAAUUGUGUCAGCAAAGAUCAUCUCAUAAUGGUGCUGUGCUCGCCUACGCCAAUGUUUGCUUCCACUGUACUCGCCAUGCCUCGACACUCUAUUCCUCUCUCCCAUUCGUGCUGCGUCUGGAUGAGACCAUCGUUGUUUUGAACGUCGUUUUCGUCUGCUGCUGUAGCAGAAACAGUCGGCCGCUGCCGCCGCCGCAGUACCACGAAGAAACAUGUCGUCGUCGGAGUGAGCUAGGACGGAAAGAAAGCGAGAGAAACAAAGUGCCGUGCUCGGGUUUCUUGCGCUACGUAAUCGUAGAGUAGUCGAAUUAGUAGGUGGUGAUGCUGUUGGUGGCUCCAUCCACUCCGCCAGGGGGCUGUGUACAAACGACGAAUAGCUCUCUGUCUGUCUGUCUGUCUGUCUGUCUGUCUUCGUUUACCUGUCGGCCUUGCGACCGCUGUCGGUGCUGUGGAAGUUUCUGCGUGUUUGGGUCUGCUGCUAAUACUGCUGCUCUGUAUUUUGUCGACUCUCGUAGUGAUUCGGCGGCGAGGCACUCCUAAAGACACAGCACCGAAACGGACGACGGGAACAGAUCACGACAAAAAUCUGCGCCAGUGGCAGCACUGGCAAAAAGCAGACUGUGCAACUUAAGUGUUGACUGGACGCCUCCCGACCGAUCACUACGAACUUACAGCAGGCAGACAAACCACCCAGCUAAUGAGCUGUUCUUAGUUCGUGUAGUUGAACCGAUAUCAGCCGCCGCAGCAGCAGUGAAAAAAAAAAAACAAGUAGAUUGGAGCUCCAGCGCUCGAUGUGUUCGUCGUCUUUUUUAGCGUCGAAUCGGCGCCUGUUUGACGGAUUAGUCGGUUCGGUCUGGUGAAUAAGACGGGCGCCGUUACUUUACUUGUUAGAGUGGCGCGGCGACUCUGCCUCUAUUGCACUCUGUACAAUAGUUGUUUUACAUCUCUGACUGCCUGAGGGAUUUCUCGUGUGCGGUUCAGUUCGCUUGCUGACUGGGGGAGGGGAUGGGGUGGGGUGGUGGGGUACCGGAGUGAGUACGUUUACUCUAAGUACGGCUCCUAUGGGCUGCUAACCUCCGUCCCUGCCAGCCUGGUGCGGUUGUUGAUCACAGGGGAGCAGUUACGACUAAGGUUUCCCUAUGUAUGAGCGAAUAGUCCAGCCUGCGAGAGAUGUGAUGUCCUGCUGAGGUGUUGGGGGCACCACACACCUCUUCAAAUUCGCGAGAAGACGGCUGGAUAAACACUGUCUAAAUCGCAAAGCGAUUCGCUCUUUCGCGAAUGCAUCCUUUAUGUGAGUGUGUGAUAGUUACGUGUGACUCCAUCGGAAUACCAACAUCGUGAAUGUUUGCGUGCAUUCUUCGAAGACCCUCCGCUAUCAUUAUUGCGACUAAUUAUUGGUUCGGGUACAUAGAUAACCGUAGCUCUGCGCUGCAUGUCGGUCACGGAAAUUGAUUUAUUGCUACUACUGCCGCGUUGAAAUGCUGUUGUAUUUGGACCAGAGUGACAACAUCGGAGGCGACAAGAAACGGUACAAGCGCGUGCAGAAGCCAUAGUAGCAUACUCUCUGCGACUCCAUCAUCGUGGUGCAGGAGAAUUUCCUGCUGUCAGCGUGAAAUGUGUGGGUGUGAGGUCGCUCGCGGUUCAAACCAUUUCACGUUUGAAGACAGCGCUAUAAAAUGAAUAGUUCAUGCUUAUCUAUGGGCUUUUGACGAACACCACACUUUAGGCGACUGCGUUUCGGAAGCAAAGAAGAACGAGCGUUGCGAAACAUCUCUAGCUAAAACUGUUGUGCUCUUUGCACGUUGACGCCGAUCAGAAGAAAUCCAAACAGAGAUGUAGAGAUUGAGAGGUGGCGGUAAUCGUUGUCCGUCGCGUCUCCUCUUCGUAAACAGUUCUAUUACUGUCGACUUCCUGAGAUUCGUGUGGGAUAAGGAAUUCUUUUCAAACAUCGGCUCAGCUUCCGCUAGUGUCACCCCAGUGGACAGGUAUUACUGCGGCGCAAGAACGGCUUGCUGACGGACGUAUGGGACCUAGUGGAUUUCGAGUUUAGUGUGCUAAACUCAAAAUCGUUUAGGUCGUCCGGGACGGACAGAACUGUUUCGAAAUCGAUCUGCUAAUAGAUGAAGGUUGUGACCCGCUAACGGGAUACGAAGGGGCAAGUCAUUUGGAUCUAUCGUGUCCGAAGUGGCUUUUCAAACUAGUAUUACCCGAUUGCCGUAAGGCCCAAAAUGGACAUUAGCAAUUUUGAAAAAGUAAGAUCGAGUUCCUGUCGUCGUCUAUUAAAACGGUUCAUGAUAAAACAUUCAGGACUAUUGGCACAUCCACACAAGUGUGGACGUCAGCAGAUAAGGAGCUGCGUAUCACACAUGUAUAGAAAGGGCCCAGACGCCAGAUGUCAUCAGCUGGCUCUCGCACCAAUUUUUUUCGUACUCACCUAAUCAUUCAUUAAUGAUUAAUGAACUUACGUAACGCUAUUGUUAACGAAAACACACAACGAAGUUGAUCGUGAAGAUUUAUACAACUUACGACAGUUUUUUAUGCUGUCAAUAGCGGAAGUCAAGGGACAUCGUCAUUUUCUUGUUUGUUAGCAAAACAAAACUGCGGUAAAACAAACCUGUGGAGUGUAGUGACUCUGCGUCGAUCGCAGAACCUGUGGUGAUUGUGGUGGAUCAAGGUGACUAGGGCCGCACCUUGGUGGGUUCAGUUGCCUAGCUGACAACUGAGACGACUGCGAAGAUAGCAAACAUAUCAGCCAUCGUCGCGCCACAUAAUGUCGACUUCAGAAGAUAAACCCCCACCGCCCCCUGUGCGGCUUACAUCGGCGCAGGCGAGAAAUCCUGCCGCGUCCCUGCCUCUCGAGUUGAGACCAUUGCCUCCGGAGCCGUCAAAACACAAACACAAACAUGGGGCUGAACCAGCACAGAUAACGAUUUCGAAGCCAACAAACUUCGCGCACAAAAUGCACGUAGGAUUUGAUCCGAUUACGGGUGAAUUUACUGGUCUUCCUUCGGCAUGGAUGAAGCUGUUGCAGACAUCAAAUAUUUCGAAAAGAGAACAGGAAACAAAUCCGCAGGCUGUCAUCGAUGCGUUGAAUUUCUACGACAACCAAAAAUUGUCGGAGUCCGGCCAAAGCGGUCUUGGGGGCCCCCGCGAUAUGAGACCAAAGUACCUUAUGCAGGGGGGAGGCGGCUAUCCAUUGUCGACGACUUCUGAAGAAAGUGUGGCUUCAGGUGCCACUGACAAAGUGUCAACGCCAAGCGAGAGCGGUCCCUCACGGCAUGUAUCAUGCGGCAGUAGGACAUCAGUGGCAUCCGAGGAACGAUCCUUGAGUUCGGAAGCGUCGACGGCCGGGACCCCACAAGGAAUGCAACCUCCAGGGGUAGCAUUACGCUCAAAAGCUCCCUCUCCUCCACCUCGGCCUGAACGGACGAGAUCCCUGUACACGAGGCCAGUCUCCACGUUAUCGUCGCCGUCACCAAUAUCAACGACGGUCGCAUCGCCCAAAGAGGAGGAGCGAAAUCGGAAUCUUCCUGGUGGAGAAAAUAUUGACCUAACCAAUAACAACGAUAGCGGUGCAGGUGAUGCUGGUCAGAGAACUACGCCAGAAGUAACGCCCUGCGUUGAAACGACAACUCUUCACGACCAAGUUGCUACGGAACCGCCUGCCGAUAAUGAUGCAGCGCAGGUACGAACGCGUUCGAGCCAGAAAAAGAAGAUGUCCGAAGAACAGGUGAUUGAAUUGCUCAAGGGCAUCAUCUCAGUUGGGGACCCACACUCGAAGUACACAAAGCUGAGGAAAAUUGGACAGGGUGCGUCUGGGGUCGUGUACACGGCCAUUGAGACGGCGACCGGAUCAGAAGUCGCUAUCAAACAAAUGGUCUUAGCGCAGCAACCCAAACGCGAGCUUAUCAUCAAUGAGAUUCAGGUUCUAAAGUCAUUGCGGCAUCCAAAUAUUGUCAACUAUUUAGACUCUUAUUUGGUGCAAGGCGUACCGUGUUCAGUGCCACCCAGUGGCGGCUCUGCAGGAAGCGGUCAGAUGGAGCUGUGGGUUUGCAUGGAGUACUUAGCCGGAGGCCAGCUGACGGACGUCGUCACAGAAACGCUCCUCGACGAAGGACAAAUUGCAGCUGUACUCCGAGAGGUGCUGCUCGCGUUGGAGUUCCUUCACUCGAAGCGUAUCAUUCACCGAGACAUCAAGAGCGAUAACGUCUUGUUAGGUAUGGAUGGAGGUGUCAAACUGACGGAUUUCGGCUUUUGCGCUCAACUGGGAGGCGCCGCAGAGGCGCAUAAACGAUCUACGAUGGUUGGCACACCAUACUGGAUGAGCCCGGAGAUCGUGACGCGGAAACAGUAUGGGCCAAAGGUAGAUAUUUGGUCACUGGGAAUCAUGGCUAUCGAGAUGAUCGAAGGGGAACCACCGUAUCUCAACGAAAACCAACUUCGAGCGCUCUACUUAAUUGCAACCAAUGGCAGACCAACAAUUAAGGAACGUGACAAACUCAGUCCACUUUUGCAGGACUUCUUGGACUCCUGUUUAACGGUCGACCCUAACCAUCGGCCGUCGGCCUCGCAGAUGCUUCAACAUGCGUUCCUCAAACUGGCACGGCCUCUAAUUACCUUACAUCCAUUGAUCGUUGCCGCUAAGGAAGCAAUCAAACAGCACCAAUAGAUGAAAAAAGUUAACAAGCUACUACAUCAAAUAGCCUUGAGGCAUAAAAAACGCAAUUAAAAAAAGAAGACAGCUAACAUAAUUGCUGCUUUACUUCAUCUGCUGACGUAAAUGUCGCCUGCAGUAAACAAUCACUGAUUUCAGGCAUAAUAAGAAUGAUUUUCAGUGGUCGUGACACACGUGUUGUAGUUGCUGGAUUAAGUUACCUCUUUCAACAAAUGCAAAAAACGAAAAAAAAAUCGAUACUAUUAGGAAACAGGUACUACUACAAUAACGAGAGGUAGGUCUACAGGCGCCAAAACUCCGCCCAAAAUGAGGUCCAGGUCGUUGUUUUUCCGUCAAUUAUUGAACCCACGAACUGACGCUUAAUAUUUAGCUGAAGCAGAACAUGGGGCUGACUGACCGUAGCAGCUUUGACAAGCAACAAUCCUUGGAGGAGUCAUUUAAACGAAUUUAAGUAUGAAGUCUUAUUCAUCCGCCAUACUCUCGUUGAUUGUGCGAAAGAGCAAAUAGUAGAGAGUGUCAACGAAGUAUACAGUAGCGCAGCGUAAACAAGAAUUAAGACAUCUCUAAUCUAUUGCUCGUUCGCAAAAAGAACUCAUUGACCGGUAAAUUCAUUGAUUCGUUGGAGAAAACUGCAGGCUUGUUGAAGUAUAACCGUUCUUAAACCACAGUAAUAAGUGCAACACCAGGGGGGAGAGAGUGAACGGCGCCGCUCUCAACAUCUCACAGAGUCGAAUCCCAUCGCUAUGUGAGGCGGCAUCGUUAGUACGAGAAAGAACUACCAGGCACGUCGAAGAACAACGGAAUUUCCAUAUGGUCGGUGUCGUCAACGUCUCGGUGGCGCCAACAAUUACCACUCGCAGAAUCACAUGGUACGUUGACUGUUCUAUGAUGAUGUUCCAUGCGUAACAUUGAUGAAUUUACUAUGCCCAAACAUUGUCACCUUUUCCGUUGAAAUCGAACCACUUCACUGAACUGUGGUACGACGUCGUCUGAUUGACUCCGUGGACGCUCGGUUGGUUAGAAAGGACACAGCAGCUGAAUGCUUUCACUAACGUAAACUGGGAUGCAUUCUGUACCGUAAAUAUAUAUUUAUAUAAUACCGCGACACUUGUAGACAUUAAUUAGUCUACGAUGCGUUUACGCGUCAUUCGUAGGAAUAAGAGAUCGAGUCUCAAUAUCUGAUGAGGACAGUAAGACACUGUGUUUCAUGGUUUGAACGGAGAUUGUCAUAUGAGAUGACAUAGCGCAGAUCAAACGAUGCAUAACGAACUAACAACAGGAUGAAGUUUAGGGAGGUUAACAUGUGACGUCGAAAAGAUAUGUACAUAGUUAGAAUGAACACAAAAUAGAAGGAACAAAACAAGAGGUGACCUUGUAAGAAGGAGUUACUAGGACAAGAUGGUGCACGCCUCAGUUUGCAGGAAAAGAUUCAUUUAUCUUCCGGAAUCUUUCCCUUCCGUGAUAGCAGAAGAAAAACGAAAACAAUGACGGCGAGGAGGAGAAGGAGAGAGGAGAGAGAGCGUAGCACGGGGAACAAACAUUCGGAUUAGCUGGUGUGCAUUACGUGAUUGCGACAUUCACGGUCUGGACGUUUUGGGACGAUAGACACUAAAUUUCGGGAAACCUGAUUGAGGCUUAUAGGAGUUGCUCAGAUGUGAGACAACUACGCUCUGACAACCGGCUGAAAUUUCCAACUCACGCAUUCGGUACACAUACUUGAUCGACCUCGGCCGAUUCGGGAUGUUAGGCUGGAUAACGGUGGGAAGCUAAUCAGGGGUAAGGAGAAUUUAGCUAUUAUUUAAAUUACUAAUCCAUGAACUCACCCAUUAUAAUAGAACGACAACAAUAGUAGUUAAGAAGUAGUAAUGCUAUGAAUAAUACUAAUAAGAAUAAUAUAAAUAUGCAUAAUACCAUGUACACUUAGUGUCAUGUUGACGUUGAAAUACAUAUACUCUCUCAUAAUACUGCGCUGUUAUAAUGGCACGAGUAUUACCACGCACACACACACAAAUCGUAGGCGAAUAAGCAAACACAAAAUAGACUACGACCCAUUUGACAUGUUGAAGGCCAUUAGGCCGCUGUAAUAAACAUAAUUUUAUUCUAGUAGUAUUUAGUCUGAACAGUAAUGCUAAAAGAGCGUAAACCGUUGACGAAUUUUAAUCAGUUAAAAAGUAAGCUUGUGAUGCUGGUAUAAAUGGUGAUUAAUAACAAUAACAGUAGUAGCAGACGACUAUAAACAGAUUCAAGGGAUGUCCCCGAGAUGGCGUUGUGGGUAGCAUGUUUACCUGCUAAAGAUAUUGGAUGGCCUGGGUUCGAAUUCGAGCGUAGGUCACCUCGUUUCCUGCUGGCAGUACUUGAAACAUUUAGUUUUCUAGUGAGACUAGAUUUCUGAAAACCACAGAGGCCCAGAAAUAAAUGGAAACUUGCAUAUCUAGAGAAAAUCUAAAGAAAAGCAUAGAAAAACAUGAUAUACGCAGGCAAAACGACAUACAGUUUAAUAUAUUCAAGCACAUUGAUAUAUAUCGAAUUGAAUCGCAAAAAAAAACGGUCGUAGUGUUGAUUGAUUCGUAGUUAGUCAAACGCAUCCAAUGGUUCGCAGUGAAACUGGAGCAGCGAAAUGAUCUAGCGCUGCGAUGGAUGACUGAAAUUAUCAAUUUCACCAUGCUGUUAGCAUGUUGCUUAUUCUGCCAGGGCAGGUGGUCAGUGGACCUGUAUAAUACAAUUCUCCUCAGUUUUACCUCUUAAUCAAUAAUCGACGAAUAUACCUUGCAUUUUUAUUCGAAGGGAAUGAAUCAUACUUUGUUUUUAUUCUCUAGCCAUACCAUUUACGGUAUCGAAUUUUAGCGGACAAGCUUUUUUGGGGACCACCUCUUUUAAGUGCAACUGCCAAUUUAAUAGCUUUGUGAUGCAAUAGCUUCAAAUUGUUUGCACUAAAUUGCAAUAAGCUUGUCUAGUUCGGUAUCGAUUCUGCGCCCCAAAGGCGCCAUACUAAAAAAAAAAAUAAUAGACAAAGCUCCGCACUGACUUUGGUAGCAAUAGGUUUAGUUGUUUCAGAGUUCAGUAACAGAACAGACCUGGAGACAGGGAGACACACGGAAACACAAGUACAGCAAUAGAUUUGUACAUACGCAUUUAAACACGUCUAUAGACAGGCAGAUUGGAUACUAAAGAGAUAAAAAAUAAGAAAGCCUGCUCCGAAUCUAACAUAGAAGGAGAAGUUUGUUACAAAAUUUACGAAUGAUGGCUGAAUCGAUUAAAACUAUACGAACGAUAUAAACAAAAGUUAAUAAUAAUAAACAAAAACCAAUCAAACGAUAAGCUCGAAAAACGAAUUCAUCUACCCAAACACAAGAGUUAUGAAGCAUGAUAUAAUACGAAUUGACUUAUUGUUGCAGCUUUGCUACAGUAGAAAUGACGAAUGUAUGAUCUAUCUUAUAUGAAAAUUACGACGGGAUAAUCUGAGAUCGAUAUUCCACUGUGGCCAGUUUCCUUUGUCGCUCUGGACGCUUGACACGUUGCAAUCGACGUGCGAUCCAAUCGUGGCGGUGGAGGCUAUUAUAGUGGAAAACGUGUGAUUCAAAUUAGGAUGGAUUCCAGUUGAAAUAGUAAUCUAUUAGAUAGAGAUUGCUGUGUUUGUUUUAUCUUGAAGAGAAAUCAUUUUUGUAAAAAGAACGGCCUAAAAACUCCAUACGGAAUACUACAUUAUUAAGGGGGUGUUGAAAGCCGCUGAUGGUAACGGAACGUGAUGUAGCUAGGGUGAAAGACGGGCUUGGUCGAUGAAAACGAGGACAGCUAAUAAGGAUAAACAGGAGAAAGGACUGACGUCGGUUCUAUAGGGAAGGGCUGUAUGUGUACCUGUAUGACGUGUGAUGAGAACGAUGAUUACGAUCCUGAUGGCGAACUUAGAAGAUACGGAAUGAGCAUGGUAAGCUGGCCGAUGAACUAGUCCGGUUUAAAUGCUGGGACAGAGAAAGAAUUAACAAGUAAAUAUGACAGAACAAGCUAGAUAAAGGGUGGAAAUAAUUAACGACGGGAGAAGAAAUGGUAUUGAUUGCGAACGAUACAUAAAAUGAAUAAUAGAACGCAGUACGGACGCGUAAAAAAUUGAUGACUGAUGAUCUGGUCGAUAGACCGAUGACGACUGCUGGUACACAGUCUCCAGUGUAAUGUAAUAAUGAAGUAAUGAUAAAAUAUAUAUAUAUAUAUAUAUAUAUAUAUUAAUGAAAGAUAACAAUAAUAAUUAUUAUUUUAAGAUGCUAAACACUAAGAGCGAACGAAUGGGUUUAUGAAGGUGACACCUCAAAACUCACAAAAACAGAACACACAAAAAUAUAGAAAAACGGGAGGAAGUUGAUUAUGAUGAAACGUAUUUGCCGAACUUAGUGACGAAGCGGCAAAGAAUUAACGAUGUGGUCCUCUUUCUCGAGAAAUGGCUCACAGAUGGAACAACCGUCGAGAGAUUGAGGAGAAUUGAAUUGCUGGAAAAGAGUAACAGAAAAUAAAUGUAAAUGAUUCAAUGCUCCUUA